UUUAAUUAACAAACAAAUCAAAACCCUACAAAAUCUAUAUCCUAAUAGGAUAUGGAUUUUACUCUACCUCUAUAUAUAUUUAUAUGUAAGAGCUAAGAAUCAAAGUCUUACACUUGUUAAACAAAAACCCACAGUAAAAACAACGAAAUUACUGAUCAAACGAAGAAAUUACAACUUCAGAACGAGAACAAGAACAAGAAAGAUGGAAAAUUCCAAGAAAAGCUCUUCCGCUAUCGUUCCAAUUCUACAAAAUAUAGUAUCAACAGUCAAUUUAGACUGUAAAGUUGACCUAAAACACCUAGCCCUUCAUGCAAGAAACUCCGAAUAUAACCCUAAACGUUUCUCCGCCGUGGUUAUGCGAAUCAGAUAUCCUAAAACCACCGCCUUGAUUUUCUCCUCCGGCAAGGUGGUCUGUACUGGCGCGAAAACUGAAGAACAGUCUAAACUUGCAGCAAGAAAGUACGCAAGAAUUGUUCAAAAAUUAGGGUUUACUCCAAAAUUCAAAGAUUUCAGGAUUCAAAAUAUCGUUGCUUCUUGCGACGUGAAAUUCCCCAUCAGACUUGAAAGGUUUGUUUGCAGCGCACAUGGCGUGUUUUCAAGCUAUGAACCAGAGCUGUUUCCGGGACUUAUAUAUCGCAUGAAACAGCCGAAGAUUGUAAUGCUUAUUUUUGUUUCGGGAAAAGUUGUGAUUACAGGAGCUAAGACGAGGGAGGAUACGUAUUCUGCGUUUGACAAUAUAUAUCCUGUUCUUGCUGAGUUCAAGAGGCUUUAAUAAGUGUUGGGUAUAGAGACAAUGUUUUGUCUUUAG